CUUGUGUCGAGCUCGCGCUCAUGGCGGCUGCAGGGUGGGCGCGCGCAGUCCUCAAGCGCCUCAGUUUAUGAACGUGAGAAGAAAGAAAAACGCUAAUAAUGUGGCGGGGAUAAACCACACAACCGUUUUUACAUUUUAAAUAAUGUUUGCAGAGGCCAGUCUGUCCAUCUGGGGAUGGGGGGGUCUGGGAGUCGUCCUCUUCCUCAUCUCAUUUGGACCCUUUGCCAUCUUUUAUCUGGCCUUCUACAUCCUCUGUUUCAUUGGCGGGGGUUUUGUAGUGCUGCUUUUAUUUGGAAAGACAAACUCAGAGAAACACCUGGAAAGGUGCGAGCACUCCUACCUGCCACCUACACAGGCGGCCAUACUGAAGGUUUCGGAGGAGAUGAAAUCAGAGUCCAAACCCAUCAAGAUAGACCGUCGUCUGACAGGAUCCAAUAUCAUAGAUGAGCCACUGCAGCAGGUCAUCCAGUUUGCUUUGAGGGACUAUAUCCAGUAUUGGUACUACACACUGAGUGAUGAUGAAACGUUCCUCUUGGAGAUCCGUCAGACUGUCCAAAACGCCCUCGUCCAGUUCUCCACCAGGUCUAAAGAGGUGGACUGGCAGCCGUAUUUCACCACCAGAUUGGUGGAUGAUUUUGCGACUCACCUGCGUGUUUUCAGGAAAGCUCAAGAGAGGCUGAAUGAGAGAGAAGAUCCAAAGCAACGUGACGAUCCAGAGGAGCUGCUGGACUCGUUUUUUGAGGCGGAGGUGGAAAUGGAGAGGAAUAUUUGUCGAGAUAUGGUGUGCAUGUCACGCAAGGAUGAAGAAGGUUACUUGCGGGAUCUCUGUGAAGUGCUGCUGUACCUGCUGUUGCCUUCUGGAGAUUUCCACAACAAGAAUAUGAGAUACUUCCUCAGGGAAGUUUUGGCCAGAGGAGUUCUGCUGCCCUUGAUUAACCAGCUCAGUGACCCAGAUUACAUCAAUCAGUUCGUCAUCUGGAUGAUUCGGGACUCGAGCUGUAACUAUGAGGCCUUCAUGAACAUCUUAAAGCUGACGGACAAACCGCCCGAGCUGGAGGCCGUCAAAGACCGAGUCCUGGAGGAGCUUCAGCAUCUCCGAUCUCUGGACACGGGCGCAGACGAUAUCAACAUAAUAAAAAAUCAAAUCAAUAGUUUGCUUUUUGUGAAGAAAGUCUGUGAAACACGGAUACAAAGGCUACAAUCAGGAAAGGAAGUUGACGCUUUGAAACUCGCAGCUAAUUUUGGGAAGUUGUGUGUGAUACCGUUGGAGCAUAUCCUGGUGCACAACAUCGCCCUGCAGUUCUUCAUGGACUACAUGCAGCACAUGGGCGGGCAGGCGGUUCUGUUCUUCUGGCUGACGGUGGAGGGUUACCGGGUCACGGCACAGCAGCAGCUGGAGGUCCUACAGAGCAGCCAGAGAGAUGGGAAGAAGCCGAGCAGCCAGACGACCAAAGGGCUUCUGAGAGCCGCUGCGGUGGGCGUCUACGACCAGUACCUGUCUGAGAAGGCCUCUCCUAGGGUGGAGGUGGACGAAGCGUCCGUAAGCAGACUGGCUCAGAAACUCAGCAAAGAGGAUCCCACACCUGAGAUAUUUGAUGAGAUCCAGAGAAAGGUGUAUGAUAUGAUGUUGAAGGAUGAGAGGUAUUACCCGUCUUUUAGGCAGCACCCGCUGUAUGUGCGGAUGCUGGCCGAGCUGGACAUGCUGAAGGAACCCAGCUUCAGGGGAUCUGACGAUGGGGACGGAGAGUCAUUCAACGGGUCUCCGACAGGAAGCAUUAAUUUAUCAUUAGAUGACCUCAUCAGUGGGAGCGUGGAUGAGUCUGCUCAGCUUCAUGCCUUUAUCUCUGACACAGGCGUUUGUAACGAUCAUGGGAAGACUUACGCGCUCUACACCGUCACCGUCGUACGCAAGAACUCGGACGGCAGUGAGGACGUCUGGAAGACGUAUCGCCGCUACAGUGAUUUUCACGACUUCCACAUGCGCAUCACAGAGCAGUUUGAGAGCCUUGGUCCGAUUCUCAAGCUUCCUGGCAAAAAAACCUUUAACAACAUGGACAGGGAGUUUUUGGAGAAAAGGAAGAAGGACCUGAACUCAUAUUUGCAGCUGCUGUUGAAUCCUGAGAUGGUGAAGGCCUGUCACAUGCUGAUGCCCUACAUCUAUGACUUCCUGGAAAACAAACCCUACAGCAAAGGCAAAGGAGAUUUUGCACGCAAGAUGGACACGUUUGUGAAUCCUCUCCGGAGCUCCAUGCGGAACGUGUCCAAUGCCGUGAAGUCACUGCCGGACAGCCUGGCCGAGGGAGUGUCCAAAGUCUCGGCGGACAUGGGCCAGGAUUUUAAGAAAAUUGGCCAGGAUAUUAAACAAUCCAUAUUUAAGGUUCCUCCUUUAAUCCAAAAGUCUGACAUCGAUCCCGAACACUGCCGUGUCUCGGCGCAGCUGGACGACAACGUGGACGAUAAUAUUCCUCUGAGGGUGAUGUUGCUGUUGAUGGACGAAGUGUUUGACCUGAAGGAGAGAAAUCAGUGGCUGCGGAGAAACAUCAAAAACCUCCUCCAGCAGCUCAUCAAGGCCACGUAUGGAGACACCAUCAACAGGAAAAUCGUGGAUCAUGUCGAGUACAUGACCUCGCCUGAGCAAGUGUCUGAUUAUGUGAAGAGAUUCAGAGACUCUUAUUGGCCGAACGGGAUUCUCGCCGAGACGCCGCCACGCAGAGACAAAAGCCUCCGUAUGAGGACGCGGGUCGCCGCCAAAACCACACUCCUGGGCAUCAUGCCGGAUGAGUUGAAGCACAUCAUCGGGGCGGACACCACGCGCAAGGGCAUCCUGCGUGUCUUCGACAUGUUCCAGCACCAGUCUCUGAACCGGCGGCUGGUCUACGUCUUUCUAGAGGGCUUCCUGGAGACCUUGUUUCCUCAGUACAAGUUCCCCGAUCUGUUCGUGAAGCUCCACUCGCGCUCGCCGCGCGUACUCAAAUACUCACUCAAAUCGCGCGGCUUGCACAAGAGGUGACAGACGGACGCUUCUCCCGGCGACCGGAUGUGGAACACACACACACACACACCUCCCUCUUAGUGCCUCCCGGCUGCUCUCGUUUAAAGCACUGCAUUGACACGGCCGUAGCAUAGAGGAUUCAUUUUACCAUCAUGAAGCGACAGCUCUGAACCACUAAAGACUGAACACUGAGCGAUCCUUCACUGUGUAGAUACGUCCGUUUUUUUGGGGGGAUUUGUUUUGUAUGGUCGAGUACAGUACGGUGACCGAACCAACCUAUGCACCUUAACACUCAUUACAAGCAGAAGCGUAUGAGGAGGGUGUUAUGAUCCUCAUUUACAAACAUUAUGUGGCACUGACACUGAACUAAGCGUAAUGUUAUCCUCGAGUGGGUGGGGUUUAAAACAGGCCACGCCCACUUUCACUUACAACUCGAUCGGUGGGUUUCAAACAGCGUGUGGUUGCAUCUACUACGGAGAUAUGCUUUAAACGAAUGUCUAGUGAGCCUGUGUGUGUGUCCUGUUUUUAUAAGUCAAUCGAAGGCUCGUGUACAUGUGUUUUGUUUUUUUAAAACGACUUUAUUUUAGAAUAGCAAGUGUAGCACUAAACUGCAACUGUCCGAUGACGGAGACUGUUUGCGCGUGAGAUAUAUAGAGCCUUAAACCCGAGACCAAGAGACGUGUGCUGUAGACGUAGCUUCCCCUCAGACACACACACACACACACGCAUCGAGGAGAUCUUGACUGGCCUAAUCAGAGAAUAUGUUAUUCUUUGUUGUGCAAUAUGUUUCUUUAAUGCAUGUUCUAUAAUAACCGUGUAUGGGAUCGUUUUUUCAAGUAUAUCCGAGUGAAGCGAAGAUCCAAAACCACCUGAACAUUCCGUUGUUGUAAAUGGCUUGUUUUAAAGGACUUGUUUUAUAAGUCUGGCUUUUUAUGUUUGUGUUGGGGUUCUGUUUUUUUAAUGUUUCGUUUUCUUGACGAUGGAUUUUUGGCGUGAUCUGCUUUUAGGAGCGAGUGAAAGCACAUUGUGGGUGAACGGAGUCUGGAAACAUGCAAGCAGAGGUCAGAGGUCGUCAGAGCACACAGGUUAAACACUCUCCAGUCACACUUGCAAAAAUAUGCAUGGGUUGUAUUUCACCCAUAACUUAUGAUUUGCAUAAAGAAAAUUGUUAAGCACAUUUCCUUCAUUCUCAUUACUGUUGUGUGAAAUAAAUACAUA